UCAUAAAAAUAUUUUACACUUAUUUAAUGUCUGAAUGGUUCAGCACUUAAUGGUUUAGACUGUUUGUUUCAGCCUCUUAAUGGUUCAGAUGUCUGAAUGGUUAAGAGAUUUGCCUCUGAAUGCCACUAUAACUCUCUCCUCCAGCUGUUUUCAUGUUUCCCUCUCUUAUUCAUUCUGCACCAGUGAUCAUCGUAAUCAUUUAAUUUUUUCAGAGAGAAAGCAGGGGGGAAAGAUCGAAAUCAUUUACUCCCUAGUAGGAGGAUUGAUUUAUAACAUUCAUAGUGAUCGAUCGACCGAUCGGAACAUGUAAUCAAUCCUGUUAAUAUUUAUAUCAACCUUACAAUCGCCCGGCCAGAGAUGAAGACGAUGAUGAACAGCAAGGCUUUCUCUUUCGGCUUCUUUCUCAAAUUCGCUGCUUGUUUUGUGCUUCUGGCACUUGCCUACCGUUCGUUUCUCUCCACCUUUGCGCGAUUCUCAGCCGCCCCUGUUCCCGCCACCGCCACCGCCGAUCAUACAUCGCCGCCGUCCCUUCCCGUCGACCUUCUGCGUUCUAAGACGGUGAAGUGUGAUCUGUUCAAGGGAGAUUGGGUCGAGGACGAUGAGGGUCCAUUCUACACAAACGAGACCUGCGAUUCCAUACAAACCCACCAGAAUUGCAUGAAGAACGGCCGACCCGACACGGAUUAUAUGCACUGGAGAUGGGAGCCCAGUGGCUGUGAACUCCCCAGGUUUAAUCCGGCCAAGUUCCUCAAUCUCAUGAGGAACAAAUCAAUGGCUUUUAUCGGUGACUCGAUCAUGCGCAACCAUGUUCAGUCACUGCUCUGCAUUCUCUCACUGGAGGAAAAAGCAAAAGAGGUCUACCAUGACGACCAAUACAAAAGUAGGAGAUGGCAUUUCCCGGCGAACAACUUCACUCUUUCAGUGGUAUGGUCUCCUUACCUUACAAAAGCUACUAUAUCGGAAGACGACGAAGGGGUUUCCACGGAUAUAGUCCGUCUUCACCUCGACAAACUCGACAAUGUGUGGACCCAACAGUUCAAGAAUUUCGACUACGCCGUCAUCGCGGGUGGCAAAUGGUACACGAAACCCGCAAUAUACUACGAGAAAGGCGAGAUUGUGGGGUGCCAUAGCUGUGGUGUGAAGAACAACAUAACAAACAUAGGGUUUUACUACGCGUACCGCAAGGCUUUGCGCUCGGCUCUCAGAUACAUUUUGAGCUCAUCAUCAAACCAGCAGAAAGUGAAGGUGUUGUUCAGAACCACGACGCCGGACCACUUUGAGAACGGGGAGUGGGACACGGGCGGGUACUGUAACCGAACGGUGCCGUUUAGAGGAGGGGAGGUUGAAAUGGGCAGUAUGGAUGGGGUGAUGCACAGGAUAGAAGUUGAAGAGUUUGAGUGGGCAUUGGGGAUGGGAUCCAAGAAUGUGGGAGUGGGGGGCAUGGAACUCUUCGACACCACGUAUCUUUCGCUGCUGAGGCCGGACGGGCACCCGGGAAUCUACAGGCAUCCGCACCCGUUGGCGAUUCAGAAUGAUUGUCUCCACUGGUGCUUGCCCGGGCCGAUUGAUUCUUGGAAUGAUUUGAUGAUGGAAAUGCUCUUUCCACAGUCAAAAACAAAGAAUGAGCCUCGGCUUUAGGGCCGGUCCUUCAGGACGAUUCGCCAAACAGUAGAUUGAUACAGUCCGAUUGUAUUUGAGUCACCAUAUAUCAAGAUGCAUGCCUUUUUUUCCUUUUUUUUUCAUGCAUAUAUAGGUUUCGUAGGUUGGUUAUAGAUGGGCUUUGCUGCACAUUUCUAUGCAUCUCAAGAGAGGAGAGGUAACAUUA